UUGGCUUCGUGACGUCAGAGCGGCGCAGGGCUCUCCAGCAGCGGCGUGUGUGUCUUUCCUCGGCAAACGCGAGCAAUGCGCGCACGGGAGAACCGAACGCCUGCGAAACCCGCUCCGCACAACAAGGAUUACACCGGGGAACGCUUCCAGUCAUGGCGGAGCAGUGAAACGGACGCGUCGAGGAAAAACGCGCGCUGAUUCUGCGUACAAGACGCGCAGGAGCAUGCAGGAGCCCAGCUGAUCUAGACUCGAACCCCCAGCGUUUUGACCCCGACAAACACUACAGCACGACUACACGCAGCGCUCGCGACACAGAAAGCUCAUCAAUUUAGCUAAUUAGUGUCUCCGCGAGCUGGUUAAUGAUGGCGGGGAAGCUGACGGCGGGCGCGGGAAUACUGCUGGUCACCGCCAACGUCGGAUCGCUGUUUGAAGAUCCGGAGAACCUGCAGAAGACGUGGCUGCGCGAGUUCUGUCAGACGGUUCAGUCUCACCGGCCGCAGUUCGUGGCUCUGCACUGUCAGGAGGUCGGAGGGAAAAACUACGAGGCGUCGAUGACACACGUGGACAGCUUCAUCAAAGAGCUGCUGUCCAGCGACGCUAUGAAGGACUUCAACCGAGUGCGGGUUUACCUGGACAAGAACUACACAUCGCAGGAGCAGUUCACAGCUCUGGGUUGCUGCUAUUUCCUCCACGAGUCUCUGAAGAACAUCCAGCAGUUUGAUUUCCGAGCUAAAAAGUUCCGGAAGGUUGUGGGUAAAGAGGUUUAUUCAGACGCUCUGAGCAGCACCGCCACCCUGGAGAAGGAGAAGUUUCCUCAAGACUAUUUCCCUGAGUGUAAAUGGUCCAGGAAAGGCUUCAUCAGGACCCGGUGGGCUUUGGCUGACUGUGCCUUUGACCUGCUGAACAUCCACCUGUUCCACGAUGCCUCAAACCUGGUGGCCUGGGAGAAAAGCCCAUCGGUUUACUCCAGCUCACGGCAGAAAGCACUCGCAUACACACUCGACAG